AUGCUAGCUUCUGCGAUGGAUUACCUGAGAUCUUGCUGGGGUCCGACGUCGUCGCCGGACGGGCGCCCUCGCAAGGGGGUGGAUGCGGCCGGCCGGCAGGACGGGCUCCUGUGGUACAAGGACGCAGGGCAGCUCGUCGCCGGCGAGUUCUCGAUGGCCGUGGUCCAGGCCAAUAACCUGCUGGAGGACCACAGUCAGGUAGAAUCUGGGUCGCUGAGCACCACGGAUCCCGACCUGCAGGGCACCUUCGUCGGCGUCUAUGAUGGCCAUGGUGGACCGGAGACGGCACGCUACAUCAAUGACCACAUGUUCAACCAUCUGAAGGUAUAUGCAUCUGAGCAGAAGUGCAUGUCAGUGGAAGUAAUUCGGAAGGCUUUCCGAGCGACCGAGGAGGGAUUUCUCUCUCUGGUCAGUAAUCAAUGGUCGGUGAGGCCGCAAUUAGCGGCGGUAGGCUCUUGCUGUCUAGUUGGUGUGAUUUGUGCUGGAACUCUCUAUGUUGCAAAUGUUGGGGACUCCCGUGCUAUUCUGGGGAGACUUGUCAAGGGAACUGGAGAGGUUGUGGCUAUGCAGCUCUCAGCAGAACAUAAUGCAUCCUUUGAGGAGGUUAGGCGAGAGAUGCAGGCAAUGCAUCCUGAUGAUCCCCACAUUGUGAUCCUGAAGCACAAUGUUUGGCGUGUGAAGGGUAUUAUUCAGAUAACAAGGUCCAUUGGAGAUGUGUAUCUGAAGAGACCAGAAUUCAACAGAGAACCUUUGCAUAGCAAGUUUCGGCUUCCAGAAACUUUCCGGAGACCGCUUCUUAGUUCUGAGCCAGCAAUUACUGUACACCAAAUACAGUUAACUGAUCAGUUCAUCAUUUUUGCAUCUGAUGGACUCUGGGAGCAUCUUAGUAACCAAAAAGCUGUUGAGCUAGUCCACAGUAGUCCUCGUAAUGGGAUUGCUCGAAAGCUAGUGAAGGCUGCAAUGCAGGAAGCAGCAAAGAAGAGGGAGAUGCGGUAUUCAGAUCUCAAGAAAAUUGACCGUGGAGUGAGGCGCCACUUUCAUGAUGAUAUAACGGUCGUUGUGGUAUUUUUCGAUUCGAAUGCCAUAGCCAUGGAUGCCUGGAGCCGUCCCACAGUUUCUCUGCGAGGUGGCGGCGUUGCCCUCCCAGCAAAUUCCCUUGCUCCAUUCUCAGGUUCCUAG